AUGUUUCAUAUCUAUACUUCUUCAACUAAUAAUGGAAAUAAGAAUCAAGAAUAUAAGGAUUAUAAUAACUCAAAAACAAUUCAACAACAGCGACAUUCUUCAUCACCAAAUCCAAUAUUAAGAUCAUCAACUACUUCUUUUUCAAUUACUUCAAUACCAGAACCUGAACAAUUAUCAACAAAAGAUUAUUUUUAUGAAGAAAUAUCAACAAUUUUAAGAAUAAGUGAUUCACAAGAAUGUAAUGAAAAUUUUUCAAUUUUUAUAAAAUGUAUUAUUGAUAAUAUUUAUAUAAAUAAUAAUGAUAUAACUCCUACAUAUCAAGAUUUAUCAAUUAUAUCAUUAAAAUUAUUAACUUCAAAUUUAUUUGUUAAAAAUUAUAAAUUUUGUAUUGCUAAAAUUCUAGCAUUUUUAGCAACUUUUACUACAGUUACUAAGUACAGAUUGGAAAAUGAAAUCAGUCAAAAUGAUGAAACUAGCGAAGAUUAUAAUUAUGUUGAAGUUAGUGAACAAAUUGGUUAUGAAAGUGAAUGUUUAAAAGAAUUUUUAUGUAUUACUUUACUACUACUAUUAAAAUUAAAGAAUACUUCUAAUGAAAUUGAUAAUAACACAAAUGAUGAUCUAGCUAGUGAUGUACUGAGUAAUGCAUCAUCAAAUACUUCAGAAGCUAUUGAAUUAAUAAAUGUUGAUGAAGUAUUUAAAACUUUACAACAAUCAAGAUUUAUAUCAAUUAUUUCACAAUUUAUAAAUAUUCAAAUUAAAGCAGUAUCACAAAAUAAAUCUUCAUUUGUUAUAUUAAAAUUUAGUUGUGAUAUUAUAUUUGAAUAUUUAUUUUAUUUUGAAUAUUUAUCAUCAAAAGAAUUUAUUGAUUUAACUUUUAAUAAUAAUGAAAUUAUAACUACUAUAAUAAAAGAUUUAUUAUCAUCAGAAAAUUUUAAUAAUUAUACUGUAACUAGUAUUAAUGGAGAUGAUGAUGAUGGAUAUGAUAAUGAUAAUAAUAAUGAUUUUAAUGAAAGUAAAUUAGUAGCUUAUGAAGAAUUGAAAUUAUUAUUACUUAUAAAUGAACAAUAUUUAAUGAUAUCAUAUAAAUUAGAAGAAAAUAAUAAAAAUCAAGUGUUUGAAGAAUUAAUACAUAAUGAUGAUAAAAAUCACAAAUCAAAUGUAUCAAAUAUUGUUGGAUUUAUAAAUUUACUAAUAUAUCAUUUAAAUCGAGAAGAAAGUAAAAUUAUAAAAUUAUUAAUUUUGAAAUUUUUAUAUCUUGUUUUCACAACAUCAUAUACUUCAAAGUUAAUUUAUAAAAAUGAUUUAAAAAUUUUAUUGGAUAUUUUUUUAAGAGAAUUAGAUAAUUUAGAUAAUAAUGAAUUAAAUUUAAUUUCAACUUAUUUAAGAGUUUUGCAUCCAAUUUUAUUAUAUUCAGAAUUAAGUGAAUGUAAUAAUUAUAAAAAUCAAGAAAUUUUAAAUGUUUUAAGUAAUACUAUUAUUAAUGUAAAUAAAGAUAAUAAUAAUGAAAGUCAAACUAUUUCAAAUUUAGCUUCAAAAUGUAUGAAUGUUAAAUGGUUAAAAAAAUCAAUUAGAAAGAAAAAUGGUUCACUUCCAAAUGAAUCAACUAAUGAAUCAUUAAGUUCUCUGGAAGAACUUUCAAAUUCAACUACGGAAACAUUAAAAAGUUUUACAAGAAUCGCAUCAGUUCGAUCAUCUUCAAGAAGUGAUUAUCAUAAACAUACAACUGUACAUAAUCAAUUAGAACGUAAAAAUAGUGAAAAAUUGUUAUCUCGAAAAUCCACCAAAUCACAUACACAUAACAAGAAGAAUUCAUUAUUUAUGGAGAAUAAUAAUAAUGUAUUUUUAAAUCAAUUUUCAAAACAAAUCGAUCUAGAAGAAGAUGAAAAUGAUGAUGAUGAAGAUGAUAAUAAUGAUCCCAAACAAGAAUCACCACCAAAUGAAGAAGAUUCAAAUAUCUUGGAUUUACCAAAUGAAUAUUUAAUUCAAAAACCAUUACCAAAAUUACCAAUAUCAGAAAAAAGAAAACAACAAAUAUACAUGAAUAAUGGAAAUGAUUAUAAUAAUCUGAAUGGAAUUUCAUCAACAAGAAAUUCAAGUUCAAGUUCUUUAAAUUCAAUAAAUUCUUUAAAACAAAAAGCAAUGAGAAAAAAAGCUCCUCCUCCACCUCCACCUCCUCCAAGACGUCGUAAAUAG